AUGAGUACAAUUCUUCGAAAUUUAGAAGAUUUUCUAGGUAAAGAUAGUACCCCUUUGGUUGAAACAUCUCUUAAUCUCGAACCGAACUUGGUAGAUGAGCAAGUUAUCGUAGCUGAUGCAGACCUUGAUAAAUCGGAUGAUGAGGAUGAACAAAUCAGGAAUUACAGAGAGCGAUUAAAGAGGCACGAUCAGAUAGAAGAUGGACAUAAAAGAAGGCGCCAUAACAUAGAUAUUCAUGAUCAUAUGAUGGACUCCCAGAACAUGCUCCUUCGUGUUCUGUCCAUGAUUCUCCAUGGAAAAAAGGAAUAUGAGUUACCAUGCUCCGUGGCAUACAUAUAUAAUAUAUCAGAAAGUUUGCGUCACAACUCUAGUUUUGCUUCCAUGAUGUAUCAAAAGGAAGAUGAAAUUUUUGAUACUGAAAUUGCUUCGAUUUUGAGAGAGAGAAAUUCAAUGAGGGACAAAGAAGUGAUUAAAGAAUUUAUUAAAUCAUUUACUGACUGGCUUGCCAUAUUAAGGCGAUUGCAAAUAGUAUUUACAAUUUUUGAUGAAUCCCCAAACUUUAGAACUCACGAAGAAAAAAGGCGAAUAAUUCCCUUUUGGAUUACUAAAUUUGGUAGGGUUGUCCUUGAGCCACUGUUUAAUAGUGAUUCAGACAGUUCUGACAAGCAUUUUAUGGAAAAUGGCCUUAUGAAAUGCUUUUUGCAAUUUUUUGUCACAACCUACACGUUUUAUGACCCUCCAUCUGAACAAAUGAACGAAGAUUAUACUUUGGUGAAUGACUUUUUUGAUAUAUUAAAAGUGAUUUCCGAUAAUACGAAGCAUACAAAGCCAUUGAAUUUAACUUCCUUGUUUAAGCAUGCUGCGGCUAUGUUUGUUAAAGAGUUUGAUAACACGUAUGAGGAACCCUCACAAUUUGUUUCACGAUUAAAAUUUCUUCUAUUGAAGCUUCGUGAUUUUAAAGAUAUGAUAUGCGUUGAGAUGCGAAUGCAUAUUGAUCCUUUACUGUGUUCCAUAUGUAAGGGAUGCUUGACUUCGAAUUUUGCAAAACAAAACUUCUUGGAAAUAAUUUUUGAAGACGUUAUAGAAUUUAGGUUUCAGGUUGAAUUUGUCUAUAGUGUACAAGAAAAGUACCGUUUGAAUUUGCAUGCUUGGGAGUCAACUAAGAGUUUCAUUGAAAAAAAGCUUACAAUAAUGAUUAUAAGACAGAAACGCGAAACUAGGACAUUAAAGUUAUAUAGUGCCGGACAAGUUAUGGCAGAUUUGAUAAAUUUUAGUAAGAAUCUUGAGGAUAUUCUUGCUAAAUAUGUCCGCAUGAGUUCAGUUGCUCUGGUCAUUCAAAAUGUUCUCAAGAGAACGAAUUCAGAGAAUUUUGUAGCUGAAGCUCUGGCGAGGUAUAUGCACCAUGAACUUAUAAAUGUGUUUAAUGCUGCUGAAGAAUCUUCUGAAGACAAAGAUCUCUCUAUUUCCUUAAGGAAUAGUGAGGUGGAAAAAUUAUCAUUACAUUGUUCAAUGAUAUUUUCCAUGAUACCGGGUAAAAGAAAUUUAGUUACUGCUAUCUAUGAAAAUAUAUUAAGGAAGGAAUUACUCUAUGGAAGCAUUAUAAUGCCAACGCGAUUGAAAAAUGACUGUAUCGAAUUAGUCAGGGAGGAAUUUGCAGUGCGGUGCAUGGGUGAAAAGUUCAGUCUAAAUGUUAAUAACAGCUUGCUCAUCAUGAUACAUGAUUUGCAGAAAAGUAAUUUGGAGCUUUAUAAGUUUGUCAGCCAAUCCAAAUCACAAUUUAAGGCAAAUUUUUGCUGCUUAAAAAAGGAGGAUUGGACUAAGGAAUUACCCGGGGAAUUUGUUCAGUUACCUAAUGAAUUAACCGAUGUGGCCUGCCGAUAUCAGAAGAGUCUCAAUAAGCAAAACUUUGAGUGGUAUUAUCAAUUACAGAGAGUCACGUUGAAUGUUCUUUUUAAUGAAAAUGAUUCACAUUCCUUAAAAGAAAUUGAAUGUUCGAGCUAUCAGGCCGCUAUAUUUUUGGCAUUUCAGAAUCGAUAUGUCAUUUCUCUCAAGGAACUUCAGUCAAUUACAAAAAUGGAAUUACAAUUUCUUGAAGAAAACUUGAAAUUGCUCGUUGGAAAAAGGAUGUUACUUUGUCAUACCAAGAAUAAGACGUACGAAAUUAAUUCGAAGUUCAUGUCAGACAAAAAAGUCAUCAAACUUCAUAAUUAUAUUAAUAAAAAAAAAAAAUUUCAACUAACCAGAACCGGAAUAGAAAGAGCCGAUUUCGAAAUGAUGCAUAUGAGGAUCACCUGUUUUAUCACUCGGAAACUUAAAGCGGACAGUCCAAUUGAAUAUCUAAAGCUAGUGGAGGAUAUUUUACACUACUUGGUAGAAUCCAAUGUGAAUUUUAAACAGAUUCUUACCUGUCACAACACUGAUAUUCACGCCUUUAUCAAGAAGAUUCUUGAUGAGUUAACGGGAGAAGUUUAUAUUCGCAGAGUUAAUGAAAAUUAUUAUGAGUAUAUUCCAUAA